AUGGCCGCAAAGAACGAAGUCCUCAAGCUCUAUCGCCGCUCUCUGAAGCUCGCACUCGACUGGGCUAUCCAUCGACACUUGUGGAGAGGGCAGGCAGUGUACAUUCGAUCACUCUUCGAAGCGAACAAGAACAUCACGCAGCCUAGACAACAAAGAGCACUUAUCGAGGAGACAGAGGGUAUACUGGAGAAGUGGAAGCACCCAGAUCCGUAUAGACCGCCUACAGCACCGGGUGGCAGCAAGUACGAGCGCAACUUGCCCGUACCGACUACCGAGCCACCACCACCUAUGCAUGUAUAG